AUGUUAAGGACAUACAACGAAAUCGAUCGCACGGUCUCCAUCAUCACGAGUGAUGCGCGAAGCAUAGUGGGCACUCUGCGUGGUUUCGAUCAGUUCGCCAAUGUCAUCGUGGAGGAUUCGCAUGAGCGAGUAUACUCAGCCCAGGGCAUGGAGAAGGUGCCGCUGGGUCUCUACGUCAUUCGCGGAGACAACAUUGCCGUGAUCGGAGAGCUGAAUGAACAACUGGACAAGCAGAUCGACUUCUCCAGUCUGCGGGCGCAGCCGCUGCAGCACGUCCUGCACUGA